CUCACCACCAUCAGUCUCAUAUCCGAUUCGUGUCUGUGCAAUUGUGCAUACGUGGCUUUGGCAAGAGCUUUAAUGUCAGAAGAGUUGUUUCGCACUUUUUUUCUCCUACAUAACUGCAUCUCAUCCACUGCAUUUCACGGAAUGAUGAGAGGAGGAUGCCUUCCGUGUAGUUUAUCUCUGGGUGGAAAUAGCCUUGAAUUUGAGGUGGAUAUAAAACCCGACAGAGAAAAGUCUUUGUGAUUCUAUAGAGAAUUCGUCAUCAUCUCAUCCUCGGUUUUAUUAGAGUGAGUUGGUUUGGUGGGUCGAUCUUUUUAUUCCGUCGUCGUCGUGUUUAGAGAGCAGAAAAAGGGUUGAGUUGAACAUUUGUAAAGUGGACACGACACGAGAAGUGCCGUGUGUUACAGCAGUUUUGCUCUCGAGUUAAAUAAAAAUAACCUCAUUAAAUUUAAAGGUUUCGUAAUUUUUGUUAAAUAACCUCGUUAAUUUCCUCAUUGUUUUUCGGGAAUUUAUCCACGUGUGUUACAUAAAAAUUAAGAAGGUGAUACUACUGACUGACUGAGAGUCCACUACCACGUCAGGCUAAAUAUUUCAGUGAGUGAGUGAGUGUGGGAGUGGUAUCAUCGAUUGAGAGAAAUAUUUAUAGCGGAGAUAAAACUACGAGAUAACCUUCGGCUGAUGAAGUGAAUUUUAGUCUUCUUUCCAGAUAAAGAAUUUACUUGGUUUGAUCCGCUGCCUGUUUUUUCUGGAUAUUUAAUUAAACUUGUAAAAGUGAAGGCUAAAACUUCGUUCUUCAAUCUCCACGGUGACAGUAUAAAUUUCGUGUGCGUGCCUUUGAAAUAAUCCACGAAUUACAUAACUUCAAUUCCACAAAUGUCCACUACAUCGCUCGAAGGUCAGCAGCUGUCUGGAGGAUCCGCUGCUGCUGGUCGAAAACGACACGUUGGGCGAAUGAGCGAUUUGUCAAUCUCUGCCAAACCGGAAACUAAUUUAAUUCAACCCAGUACUCCAGUACGGAACGGAUCAUCAAAAACGAGGAAAGCCACCUCGUCAACUAGUCCUUCGUCCACGACCACGACGAAAGCCAAGCGUUCAUCAAGAAAAAGAUCUCAUCAGAGUGGACGACAGAAAGAAGAAAGUGACGAAGAUCAGAGGAUGUCGACCUCCUCAGCGAAUGGGAGUUGUGGAAGGAAGGCGAUGAUAAAAGAGGCGAAAAAUGGAGGACAUCAUUUCCAUUUUGAUGAUGAUGACGAGGAUGAAGACGAAGAUAGUUACGUGGACAGUUAUGUCGCUAAUCAUGCGGAGAGGUCGUUUUGCGGUGGGAAUUUGGAUGGAGAAGAAGCUCCUCCCCUUGGGUCUAGUUCGUCGGAUCCGGAGAAAUUUCAAACCGUCGAUGCCGUUCCUUUGGAGGCAAGGGCGCUGUUGCCGACCCUCCACCGUCCCGCCCCCUUCAGCGACGAGGACGCAGCUGUAGAGGAAAAACAAAGAUGCGAUACUGCCAUCAAAAUUUCCAUCGACAUGGCCAAAACUGGGUCAGCCCCCCGUCCAAUCCGCGUGUAUGCGGAUGGAAUUUACGAUUUGUUUCAUCAAGGACAUGCUCGACAGUUGAUGCAAGCGAAAAAUCUUUUCCCCAAUGUUUAUCUCAUCGUUGGAGUCUGCAACGACGCGCUGACCCAUUCUCGCAAAGGCUGCACCGUGAUGAACGAAACGGAGCGGUACGAAGGCGUGAGACAUUGUCGUUAUGUUGAUGAAGUCGUUCGUGAUGCUCCUUGGCAGCUGGAUGAUGACUUUAUCCGAAAGCAUAAAAUUGACUUUGUGGCGCACGACGAGGAGCCCUACACGACCGGGUCGGGGGACGACGUUUACGCAUUUCUCAAGGAAAAAGGAAUGUUUGUGGCUACGCAGAGGACGGAAGGCGUUUCCACGUCGGACAUUGUGGCAAGAAUCGUUCGAGAUUAUGAUGUCUAUGUCAGAAGAAAUUUAGAAAGAGGAUACUCUGCCAAAGAAUUAAACGUGGGAUUCAUCAAUGAAAAAAAGUUCAAAUUCCAAACCAAAAUGGAUUCAUUGAAGACGAAAGGAAAGCGUGUUUUGGAAAGUAUUGAAGAGAAACGUGCUGAUAUUUUGCAUAAAUGGGAGGACAAGUCGCGUGAAUUUAUCCAUUCGUUCCUCCUCUUGUUCGGCCGCGAGGGUCGUCUGUCCAACAUUUGGAAUGAAGGACGAGGACGCAUCCUUAAAGCACUUUCACCACCAGGAUCUCCAAACAGAUUGAAUGACGGGAGUAGCUCGAGUAGCUCCAGUGGAGAAGGACACGACGACGAAGAUGAUCAACCACCAAGAAAAUACCCGAAAUUGUCCAAAAAUGGGAAAAAAUCCCUCUCACCCGAUUCCUCGUUUCAUUCAGCGAGGGAUUUUGAUGUGCAUUCUGCGUCGGUUGGUGGUGGGGGAAACUACUCGGAAGAUGAUGAUGACUAGAUUUUUGGAUGGUUUAUUUAUUGCCUUUUCGAAGAAUAGUUUUAAUAAAUAAAUGUAGUUUUGGAGUUUAGAGAGUAGUCGUUAUAAAAGGUUAGAAAUUUAAAUGUAUUGAAAUUAAUGGUUUUGCCAAGUGUUACCAGAAAUGAUCGUGUGCUAACUAAAAAUAGAAUUUUAUCCUUUUUUCUUAUGUUGGAGAGGAGCAUUUAUUGAACUGAUUUAAUUUAAACUUUUAUAUUCAAAAUAAAAGUAACUUAUUUUUUAAAAGUAAUUUAUGAAUAGAGAAAAAUUAUGGAAAUUGGACAUAUUUUUAUUAGAUUAUCAUUCGCCGUGUUCAAAAAUGUUACCAAAAAGUUUAAGCCAAAAUCAUUAGUUAAAUACUUCAAAAAUUCAAAGUUUAAACUUAAACUCUAAAAGAAAUUGUUUAAAACGGUUCAUUAUUGGAAACCUGUGAUAAUGAUGUUUAAACAAAAAAUACCUUGUUCUGAAAUAUUUAUGAGAAAAAAAUCGUUAAUAAAUUAUUAUGAAGAAU